UCCUGGCGACUGGCGUCCCUCGGGGAGCGGCAUAAUCUCCUUCUGGUAGCCCGUGCGCUUCCAUAGGUCGUCCUUGCCUGCACACCAUCGUCAUCGUCAUCACUAUCCACACCAGAUUGUGACACACCCUUGACUGAACUCCACAAGACCACAACGUUGUUCUCUCGUUCAUUCGCUGAAGCAAUCUGGUUAAGAAAGAGCAGAGCUGUUGCAUGCUCGCUGGAUCAUUCGGGGGAUCAAUCUUCUCACACCAUUCCACUGGAUUGCGUUUCCAGGUUUCUGUUCCAAGGAUGGUUCUUUGAUCCCCGCACUUGAUUUUGAUUGGUUUAGCUGACACCUGGGUGUUUCACUGUUUGUUUCUGAUCACUUGUUUGGCCCUUUUCUUCCCUCUCCCUGUUCAUCGAUCGCUAUUCCAAACCAUCUCAGAUCACUCAACUGAACAACAGCAAGCUGCCUAGCUCUUGCUCUCCUGUUCUUGUCCACCUCACUCCUCUAGGAUCGAUUCAAUCAACCAUCUUGCUACUCUGCACAGAUUGGGUUGGGUUAGGCUGAGAUUGGACUAGAGGAUUGGGUUCUUGACUGCCAUGCUGAAGAAGACGACAUCAGGAGGAGCUGCAGCGGCAAUGGGGUGCGGUGACCCCCAAUCGUCCUUACCUCCCGCCACCAAGGUCGCGGAGGGCGGCAGGCCGGCCUCUCUGCUGCUCUCCACAAGGUCACUCCCAGGCCUCUUCUCCGCGGACGCUCCCAUGAGCCCCACCUCCAUGCCUGAGCAGUCCAAGAACCUGACUUGCUCUGGCGCGAGGAACGGCGGCAUCGGCAGGUCCGGUUCCUCACCCUGCAGCGGCAUCGGCAGCCCGGCCGCCGGCCUCGCCGGUGUGCUCGUCGCCGGCGAGGCCGAUGACGGGGGAUACCGCAACAGCGGGAGGGUACUCCUCGGGAUGCGGCUCAGAGUUCAGCUGCCGCCGCCGCCCCCCGGUAAAGGGCCCGGCGGCGGCGACCUCCCGGGCUCACCGAUCGAGUUCGGCGUCAAGAACAGGGAUGCCCAGCUCGCGCUGCUCUCGCCGGUGCAGCGCUCGCCGCUGUCGUCGUCGGCGGCGAGGCUGGCGCGGAGGAGCGAGGUGGAGGAGCUGGCCGAGGAGGACUACACCUGCGUCAUCGCCCGGGGGCCCAACCCCAGGAUGACCCACAUAUUCGAGGACCGCGUCGUCGAGAGCAGCGCCGGCGCCGGAGAUGGCGUUGGUGGCGAUGCCUGCAGCAUCCUGAGCUCUUGCUCUGGAUGCAGGAAGGAUGCUCUCUUGCUGCAUAGAGGUGAGAGAGAAUUCUGCAGCAGCCAAUACCACUACGAAGAGGUGCUCCUGGGCAAAAGAGUCGACGAUUCGCCUAAUGCAUCGGUGAAACUGAAGCCCUGAAUUUUAGCAGAGCUUAUAUGCUGAUUGUUGAGUGACAAAUUAUUAUUCUCAUCGUGAGAAAUUUUGAUCCCAAAGGACGUGGAGACCAAUAUUAUCCAUUUCUAUUUGUAGUUUUUUUUUUCGGUAA